CCCACCACCACACCCCUCGUCUCCGCAAACUCGACGCGCCACUCGACAGCGACCCCGCAGCCGAUCCAUCCCGCCGCCGAAGCAGCAGCAACCGCCACGGUGCGCCGCCGCCGCCGGUACCGAUGUCGACGAGCUCCGGCGCCGACUCGUCCCCGCCCGUCUCGGGCCUCGACUACGACGACACCGCCCUCACCCUCGCCCUCCCCGGCUCCUCCUCCUCCUCCUCCUCCACCGCCGACCCCGAACGCAAGCGCGCCGCCCACGCCGACCACGCCGACGCCAAGCCGCCUUCCCCAAAGGCGCGGGCGGUGGGGUGGCCGCCGGUGAGGGCGUACAGGCGGAACGCGCUGCGGGAGGACUCCGCGAGGGCGAAGCUGGUCAAGGUGGCCGUGGACGGCGCGCCGUACCUGCGCAAGGUGGACCUCGCGGCGCACGCCGGCUACGCGCCCCUCCUCCGCGCGCUCCACGGCAUGUUCGCCUCCUGCCUCGCCGUCCGCGGCGGCGGCGGCGGCGACGGCGAGGGUACAAAGCUCGUCGACUUGGUCACCGGCGCCGAGUACGUGCCCACCUACGAGGACAAGGACGGCGACUGGAUGCUCGUCGGCGACGUCCCCUGGAAGAUGUUCGUCGAGUCCUGCAAGCGGAUCCGUCUCAUGAAGAGCUCCGAGGCCGUCAACUUAUCGCCAAGACGAUCAUCCAGAUAAUCGAUCCUACCACACGCAACGAUGCAAUGCCGCAAUUGAUCUGUCUGUCUGUCUGUCUGUCUGAAUUAGUUCGUCUGAAAGUGUGUGCAAUGGAAGAGGCUUGGCUGUACAGGUCCUCCAUGCAUAUGUACCUAUACCGUAGUAGGAUCAGUGAUCGAUGAGCCAAAUUGGUGUGUGUACUGUACAGGCCACAAGAACGAAAAUAUCCUCUCUCUUUAAUUCAGGUGUGCUCCCUGCUGCCGGAUCACGGCCGGCCCGGUUUGGUUUUUGGACGACGGCGGCGAGGAUCGAUCCAAGGGAGGCGCCGCCACGCCGCCGCGGCGGUGUACUUUAAUUUUCAAGUUGUCAGCUACUUUCUGUAAUUUGUUUCAUGAUGGUUCGGUUUCCUGUGACAGCCAGCACUUUUGUUGUAUGUCAAAUGCAAUGUAUACAUGAUAUACCGGUUGUUAUCGUUGUUGUUGCUGUUGUUGACUUUGUUCUGUCCAUUGAUGCAUUGCAAGGUCAAAUAUAGGAGCACAAUAAUCUGUCAUUUCUGUCA